GUAAAAAUAGGGAUAAUAUUAUAUUGAUCUUCAUUCAAAGUAGACCACUACGACUACUUCUAAGUUCAACUACAAUAUAUAUAAGCUAUAGAUCUUCGCGCUGAUUGUGAGUGGUUUGUUCUAGUCGUACUAUCAAGAAGAUUGGUUGUACUUGUACAGUGCAUGAUCUUAUCAAUGAUUUAUCAUCUCAUACUUCACUCCACCAUGAUCAAGAAUAUCUGAAUAGUGGUAUGUGUUAAUGUACUAAAAAAAUCGACUGCUCACCAGGGCGGUCGUUUUUUUUGAAAUUAUAGUACUAUUUUUCUUCAGGAGGAUUGCAGAACGACCCCUACUUUUACAAGAUUUAACAGCAGUUGUAUGAUCACUUCGAUCACUACAACUUUACUCUCCUUUAAGUGCCCCUCCUCGUCCUCCUGAAGAUGGCCGUUUCAACUUCAGUAGCAGUGUCAGUCUCAUCACGAUCACUUUCCUCAGAGGAAAUAAUCGGCCUACUACAACUCUAUUUAUUGAAAAUAGGAGAAGACAAAGACUCAUGGCGCUCUAUUUGAAAAUAAGAGAAACGCCAACGCGAAGAUGAACUAGACCUACUUUGCUUGUAACAAAUUUCUGGUGCUGGUGAAGAUACUUAUAUAUCACCAUGAUCAUCUUCCCGCAAUACCAAUUUGGUAUUGACAUGUAUAAAUUUUAUCAGAAUAAUAUUUCCACCAAUGGACGAGGGUACUAAAACUGUGAAUUAUUGAUAAGUUACUGUAACUACAACUAAAACAAAACGAGAAGUUACAGCUGCUCGAUUUAAGGGACUUUGGAAUGUUGAUACAGUAUUCUCUUCUUUGUUGAUAGAUUCUGGGGAGAUGAAGGGACAAUAUCCGCGCCUAUGAGAGGAUCUCUCAACAGAAUUAUCUUUUUCUCCGACUGAUAAGCCGUAUCAAUCUGAAAGUGAAAUUAAUUUAAGUCUUCAUGAAACUUUUACAACCACUAAAAAUAUUCGUUAUCGUUACUUUGAACAACAAAUUCCAGCACGCAGCCGACCCUGACGCUAAUCGUCUUUCCUCGCGGAAAGAACAACAAACAAAUGGCAAGUACAAAAUUAAGACUGAUAAAAAGAUUCGACGUGAAAAAGGAACAUUUUUUUCGAACUUCUCUCUCCUGGAUACCGCGAAAACCAUGAUGAUGACGCAGAUCAUUAUAACUUCAAGAGUUGUUUUAGUUUUUGUUGUGAGCAGGGGCAGGGCUGCUUGA